AUGUAUACAGAGUCCAGAUGCAGAACGUUCAAUAGUCUCAGUUGGCCGCCUUACGGCCCCUUGGACUAUUGUAGACAACAAUACCGCUUCCUUUACCUUUUUAACGCAACGUGCCAUCCCACGGAUUCGAAAUCGCUCCAAAGACAUGGUUCUAAACGGCGGCUUGAUGCCUUUAUCGGGGUCCAUUUAGCGCCCAACGCCUUGCUGUAA